AUGAGAUGUCCCAGUGGUUUUAAUCGAUGUAUCAGUGCCAGCUAUGCCUCCGAGUGCAUCAAUCACUUGUAUCUCACUGCUGCAGCAAAAUGCGAAAGCACAUACCCGGAUGGCUUCUAUCGCUCCCCAAUCCAUGGCAAACCGAUUGGCCGAGAGUGCCUGAAGAUUGCCCUGAAGAUUGCAACACGUGUGAGAACCCUGAUGCCUGCUCGGAGUGCAAGAAGAGCAAGUUUCUGUCCCCGGAUCUUUGGUAGGAGACAGAUUGUCCCACUGGCUAGUACAAGGUGGGCAAUGGAGUUGCCGAAACUGUCUCGACAGUCAGACGUGCACAGAAUGUAUGGACUUCAAGUACUUGGCCCCAAGCAGGCAGUGUGUGGAGACUUGCCCUACAAAUACAUUUCACCUUGGAGCAGCUUGGCAGCGCAUCACCAACAGGAGGCUUGUGAUGGUGCGCAUGCUAUCGUCGUCGUGACAGAAUGGGACGAAUUCAAGACCUAUGACUACAAGAGCUUAUACGACAAGAUGAUGAAACCAGCAUUCCUCUUUGAUGGCCGCAACAUGUUGGAUCAUGCAGCCCUUGUGGACAUCGGAUUUGAAGUGCACGCGCUCGGCAAGGGACAGAUCAAAAGUUCCGGAGGUCAGUCACAGAUCGCAGACUUUGUGACCAGAGCUGGAAGUGGUCUCCUGUCUGGUGGCUAUUCUCCAUAG